CCGAUGGGUCACCCUGUGCUUGGCGUGCAAAUUUCAGUAGUGUGUGUGACAGCUCAUUCUGACAUUUUCAAACAAGCGUUGUUUGUCAACAAUAACACUCUCUCCCCGUACAUUGUUGUGGAGAAUGGCGAGCGACAAGCGCGAAAUAUUCCACAUUUGCCGCUUUUGUUUGUGCCAAGACGAAGCGUAUCUAAUUCCCAUCAACAAAAUAUUGGAUCCCACACUCACGAUCGACGAUGUAGAACGAUUUACUGGAAUACAGUUCAGUACGGAUGACGACGCGUCGUACGCGAUAUGUUUAGAAUGUACUAAUAGUCUGAAAAACUCUGUCGCCUUCCGGACCACCUGCUUGAACAAUGAUUCUCUCUUCCACGAGCUAUGCACUGUUGUGGCUACCGGUACAGAAAGCAUAUACGACGAAACGGUCGAAUAUCUGGAAAGCGAGUUUGAAGAGGAAGAUGACAACGAUUUUGAAAAAGUCGACGAAAAACCUUUCACAGCAUUGUCCGUCGAGCCGUUUUGGAGAGCAAAAAGUAGCCCGCAGCUCAUGUACGAAGAGGAAUACAUUCACGAUAGUCAGGAAGACACUGUAACAAGCAAUUACGAUGAGCAGCUGUCCAACGAGACCGACUUUCCUUACUCUGCUAAUCGUAUCGAACCCGGUGAAUCGGUUUCCGACGAAGACAUGUUUGCACCGAAUUUCUUCUCGCAGCCAAGCUACAAGAAACAGACAAAGAGCCCCAAAGAUAAGAACCUUCGGGGAAAGCGGAAAUUACACCUAUGCAACUGGUGCGGCAUAUUCGUACAUCAUAUACCAAGCCAUGAGCUUAUCCACAAAGAGGAAGCCACAUAUGCCUGUCCGUAUUGUCCCGUAAAAAUGAAGCAAAAAGGCAACUUAUCGCAACACAUACAAACUGUGCACUUCAAAACUGUUGGUAAGACGUGCGAAAUAUGCGGCAAAGGCUUCAUACACCACAAAACCUAUAGGUAUCACAUGCGCACUCAUCAGGAUGCCGGAGAGUCUUUCGAAUGCCAAGUAUGCUCGAAACCAUUCAAUCGGUCUAGUGGUUUGGAAGAUCAUUUGAAAAAAUUUCACAGCAUAGCAAAGAAUUUAAAAUGAAUCAAUUCAAAGUGUGCAAAGUGUUGAUUGGAAGAUUGUCUUCUUCUUCGGCCUGGGCUCUGAUUUUGGUUAGAUCCUGUAGAAAAAUCCAGGGAAGAAUAAGAAAUAGAAUAAGCUUUUAUAAUAAUGUGUCCGAAGGUACUUGCUAUCCGUGGAACAGUAGUAACUUCGAGCUGAACUCUAUUUUGAUGCAUCAGUUUAAUCUAAGUUGGUACUUGCAAACCAGUGGAGGAUUCUGCUCGUAGGCCCUAAGAGGAAUGGUAGUUGGGGCCCCUAAACUAAAGAUGGUCGCACUGUGGACAAGCUCAGCGAACCGAGGGAGCUUAGGCGGCCACAUACUCCGCCUACCGUUAGAUUCGCCACUGUUGCAAACGCACUUACAAACGCACUUUAGGUUGUAUUUACUUGCUUUAAUUUGUAAUUGAUAAUUUUUUUUAGACGGUGUUAUGGUUUGCUCCAUCCGUAUACACUUUAUUUCAAAAUUACGCUACUUUUAAAACUUUGAAGUUCAUGGAUUUUUUUACGUGCUAUUCCGAAAAUACGUUAAACUGUAAAAAAAUCAUAAAAUAUUAGUUUAGAGUGUGCUUCGUAUCAGGCAAAUAAGUAUUCAAUUAAUACGAUCUACAAACGAUAUUGGAGUUACGCGGAUUUCUACGGUACACAUUACCAUUCGCAUACCUCAAAAAAUCGCUGUAUUUGAUUGAACUUUUAUUUACCGGACCUAGGAGAAUUUACCACGUAGCCGUACAGUUAAUCCUCUGUAAGUCGAUUGGCAGUAAUAAAUCCAUCAGUUAAGCAUACAUUGAUUAUUUUAAUGCAAACAUAAACUUGUAAUAAAUAAACGAUUUAAAAAAGCCA